AUACACCCCCAUACCAACAAGAAUAAAAAUAAAAAAAAUAAAAUAAAAUAAAAAUAAACCCCUACUAACUCUGACCAAAAAAAACAUAGAACAUCAACCACCACAACAACACGAACCUCAACUACACAAACAACAACCACCUCCGCCAUACAAACAAAACACCAAACCUUCCCUCUCGCCCACCCGCCACCACCCAAACACACACUCCGGCUCACCGCCAAUCUCACACUUCAAAUCCAACAAUUAACGCCGACCUCCCGCCGCCCGAUCCCAAUCCUCGAAGUCUACCAACCCACGCGCUUCGGCAAGACAGUGGGGGAUGCGCCGCGCAAGUUGACCGCGAGGGAUAUGUACAUUGUGCAGAGUGACGGGUAUGCGCAUCUACCGGGGGAGGAGGAGGAGGAGGAGGAGGAGCAGCAGAAGAACCAGGGUGGUGUUGCUGUCGGGGUGAUUUAUAUGCCGGCCAAGGAUGAGAAUAAUAGGAAGAUGGCGUUUCCGGGGGGUGGGGUGUGGUUUCCGAUGGGCGAGGGGUGGGAGGUUAGUGUGACUGUGAGGGGGGGUUAUCGGUUUAUGUACAAGGGGAGGGCGGAUGGGGUGAGUCGGGUGGUGGAGUGGGAGAAGAGGGUGGCGAAAGGGAGGUCGUCGUCGUCGGCGUCGGAGGCGAGUGAGAUGAAGCCGGAUUCGAGAUUUACGUUGAAUAUUGCCGAGUCUGGACUGAGACGACCGUGCUUGGCGACGUUGACGAGGCAGGGGUUGAAGGUUGGGGGGUGGGAUCGGGCACAGAGGGAGUAUUUGGCUUCGUCGUUACGGUGUGAGAAUGAAGUGGAGGAAGAUGCAGCGCUGUAUACGUCUGUCUUGACGAUGGGAGUCUAUGUGGCGGCGCAAGAGGGUUGGUUGAAUCAAUAUCUUUAA